AUGUACUACAUCCUCUACCUAAACAGCCUCUGCCGCCGCCGCAACUGGCCCGAACCCUCUUACAAUGCAUUCCUAAAUGCAGGCGGCUACACAUGCAUCGUGCGCGUCAACAAUCGCGAAUACCAGACAGAUGCAGUGUGCGGGAGCGAGACGCUUGCUCGUGAAAGCGCCGCUAUGCGGGCGUACCUGAUUUGUCGCAACUUCUCUGUUAAUGACGGUAUGUACCCGGCUGGGCAUGACCAUGGCGGCGUGGUGCAGGGUAUUCCGGUUGCUAUUGGGACGGGGCGGAAGGGGGAUGAGUCUGGGUCGGCUUCGUCGAGAUCGAGUGGGAGUUGGAGCGGGGAGAGUAGUCCUGAGCGAGUUGUUAGGACUGAGAAGCAGGGGUUUGGUGGUGUGAGGUUCUAG